AUGAAGUUUUUAGAAUAAGAAUGCUCUCCAUCGUUUUUUUCAAGUAGCUGCAUUAUAUUCAUAGUAACAGCUAUAAUAUGUUUGGUAGUAUUCAUUUUUGGGAUUUACUGUUGCGUUUGCAUAGUAAAAUUUAAUAAAAAGCUGCAAUUUGAGUUUUUCCCUAUUCUAAUCUCCUUGAUUAUGUCUGUAAUGCUUUUCUUCCAUGCAUUUAAAGAAAAAAAUAUUAAAAUUGACUUGGCAAGUUAAUACUUAGAAUUAACUCUCUUUUGGGCAAUCACAUAUGCAAUAGCUGAAAUUUAUUACACAAUCAAACCCUAUUAGGAAUAAUAAAGGAAAACUAUAAGGAAUAUUUUCAUAGCAAAUAUAAUAAAUUUAUCAGUAUUUCUAACUCUAGGAUUGAGUGGAAUUCCUUAGUAUAAAUGUGAAAAUCGUUACAGCUUUUAAUGGUAUUUCGUCUCUUUAGAAUAAUUAGCUAUUAUGAUUACAUGCAUUAUCUAUAGUAAAAAAUUAAUCAAGGAAAUCAGAAUAGAGGAAGUAGAUGAAAGCAGCGAUAAUAAAGUCAGAAAAAGAUUGCAUUUAGAUAAUGCAGACUAACUUUAUUACUAAGAAAGAGUCAAGCAAAUCAAAAUGGUUAUAUUUACCCUCAUUCUUUGCUCUUUGAUUACUUUACUUCUUGAUCUGAUUACAUAGCUUAUUUGGGACAUAGAUUUUUAUUGCAUUGAUCAUAAUUUAUAUAUUUCUGAAACUCCAUUAGGUUAAAUUGUAAGCUUUGUAAGAUUUAUAUUGCAAGCUAUACCAUCUAUUAUGAUUCCUUAUAUAUUCUAUGUCUUACCAAUUAGAAAUAGAUCUAAGGAGAAUAUAGACUUAUAAGAUCCAAUAUCACAGGAAAAGAAAGAGUAGAAGCAUUUUUUUGUUGAAGAUAGUGAAGAUGAAGAAGAAGUGGAAUAAAAACCUAUUAUAUUAAAUAAAGAUUAAAAUAUAGUAGUGAUAGAUGAUAUACCAUGCAAUGAUCCAAUAAACUGUAAACACAAACAUAAAAUAAAAAAGAGUAAAAGUUGGUUUUAGGCAGCUGAUGAUUUAAGAAGGCUUAAGAAGAAAAUUAUAUGCAAAAAUUGUGAUUUAAAUGCAAAUAAUAAUUGUGAAAGUGAAUGUGGAAGUGAUACUUGUAUCAAAAAAGAUAAAUUAGAUAAUCUUGAUUUUGCACAUUAAAAAAUAAAAUCUGGUGGCUUUAGUAAAAGUUUCACAGAUAAGUAUCAACUAAAAGAGUCUCAUGUCCAUGAUAACUGUGACUGA